AUGUCGCAAUUCUCAAAUCAGUAUAUACAACUGCGCGAGUCUAUCAAAGGCCGAAGUGUUACAAUACCAAGCCUAUACAAGCUACUUCCUGAUUGGGAACUCAAGAUUCAUCCUAUGUACCAGAAAACACGAGAUGAAUGUCUUGCUCCCUGGGUGCGACGCUAUGUGGAUGAUGAUCUCACAAGGCGAAAGUUUGAACAGGCCGAUUGCACUCUGUUUUCUGCUGUUCUUUGCUCGGACACUUCAUAUGAGAAACUCUGCACGGUGGCAAAAUACAUGUUUUGGUAUUUCAUCUGGGAUGACUUGUUCGAUUGUGGUGCAUCAAAGGACGACCGUCACGCGGCGGCUCUCUACCGAGAUGCAAGUGAAUAUCCAGACUUGUCACAGUUUCCACUUGAGCAGCAAAAGGCAUUGCGCUGCUGGGACGAAGUUGGAGCUCACAUUCGCCAGGACUGUGACAAAGAAACUUGCCAAAUCCUUCUCGAACAAAUGCUGGGAUAUGUUUCCAGCGUUAGCAACGUUGACAGUUUGUUCAGCAGCAGUGCCAUGCCAAUGGUGGAGAGUUACUGGCAACGGAGAGAGCGGACAGCAGCUGUGUACUGUGUUAUAUGCACCUUUCCCUUUGCAUAUGGAUUCAAUAUUAGGAGGGCUCACGUGGAGAAUGAGCACAUGUCCCGCAUGUGGAAACAUACAUCUUACUUGGCUCACAUAUCAAACGAUAUACACUCAUUCCAAAAGGAAUAUAAUGAUGGACAACUGGAGAACCUGAUCCCGGUGCUUAUGGCAAACACAGGGCUUGAUGUUAACCAGGCAAUGCAGCUCAGCUACCAUAUCUGUCGUUUGGAAGUCGAGGGCUUCUGCGCCAGUGCAGAUAGGCUCUGUGUGGGUGAGAAUGCCCAAGGACGCCGUAUACGAGAAGUCUUCAUCAAUUGCUGUACGGACAUGUUUAUGGGACUCAUACACUGGAGGUAUUACAGACCCCUGGCCAAAUAG